AUGGUCAAAAGGAUGACAAAAUCUAUAACUACUUACCUGAUAUUCUGCGCAUUAAUGUUACAGCAAUGUUGUUCAGCUUUCUAUGCAGGUUCCUGUUUUGACAAAGACACACCAGAUGGUAAAUCGAACUGCCCACAAGUGAAACAUUUAUGUCAAAAUAAAGUCUUCCAUAAAUUAAUGCUCGAUCAGUGCCCCUUAACCUGUGGAUUUUGUCGUGCAGCUUAG